AGUUGGUGGUUGUAAUACUAUAGUGUCAAAUAUUUUUUGUAUAUUCCAUACUAGUAGUGAAAUGCGGUGUUUGUAUUGCCUAAUUUUUAUCUGUUUUUUACAUGAGAUUAGAGGAACUGCAGAACAUGAAUGGGAAAAAUUCAAAAUAGAGUACCGAAAAUCGUACAAAACUAAAAAAGACGAACGAGAACACUUUGAACAUUUUAAAGAAAACCUAGAUGUAAUUAAUUCGCACAAUAAAUUAUACGAAGAAGGAAAAGUGACAUAUAAAAAAGGCAUUACAAAAUUUGCUGACCUUACAGAUGAAGAAUUUGUUCGAAAAUAUAGAUUUGAUAAAAGAUCCACAAAAAUAUAUACAGAUGAGCCUGAAUAUGAGUUAAAAACUGAAAAUUCUUCGGAUCACUUCGAUUGGAGAGAAAAGGGUGCUGUGACUAAAGUGAAAAAUCAAGAUACAUGUGGAGCUUGUUGGAUUUUUGCCUCUGUUGGCGCUCUGGAAGGACUUUACUUCAGAAAAACGAACAAAUCUAUUGUCUUGAGUGAACAAAAUUUGAUGGACUGCAUCUCAAACCAUACUUGUCUGGGAGGAUGGCCAGGAGAAGUCUUUAAAUAUAUCUAUAUGGGAAAAGGGAUAAAUGCAGAAGAGGACUACGUUUCUAACGUCAAACAAAAACGAUGUAAUUAUCAAAAAUCUAAAAACGUUCCAAUAAGCUUUAUAGGUGCCGAUUAUGUAGAGAAUAACGAAGAAGCUUUGAAAAAAGCUUUAGUAGAAUACGGUCCCAUUGUUCUGUGCAUAUAUGCUGGAGAAAAAUGGAAACUGUAUAAAAGCGGAGUAUGGUAUGAACGAGAAUGUUCUGAUAUACCAAAUCACGCAGUAUUAUUGGUUGGUUAUGGCUCGGAAAACGGGCACGACUAUUGGCUGAUCAAGAAUUCCCAUAGCGAAGAUUGGGGGGAAAAAGGUUACAUGAAGAUAGCACGAAAUAAGCAUCGAAAUUAUUGUAGUAUUACUAGAUUUGCUAUAUUUGUUAAGUAAAUAAAUUCUUUUUUCUUACUAGGUAAAGUAAAUAAAUUAUUUUUUUAAAUAGCUCAACUAUUUAUCUUCAUAUCUGUAAUAAAUGUGUUAAAAUACUCUAUUACAUGAUUUCUCUAUUUUUGUAUUUAUAUAAAAAAAGUAAUCACCUAUCAUAUCCCCAGCAUUGGAUCUAUAGAAAAUAUGGUCAAGCAAGAUGAAAGAAAUGGACAGGGUGAUGAUUAGGAUAAUGAAGAAAAUUGAAUUGAUAAUGUAUUGGCAUAACUCUAGUUAAAAUUUUAAAAAAACUGUCUGGCAAAACAUAAAAAUAAAUGUAUAAUAAUAAUAGUAAG